AUGUCUGGCCGACAGCGCGAUGGCAUCGACGUCGGCGCGACGCCGGACCGCCAGAGCCCGCCGUUCUCUCCCACAGCCGGCCGACCGCGCGGCGGCGUCGACGUCGGCGCGAGCGCGGCGGCGCAGCCCGUCCUCCCGGACGAGAUCUGGGAGGAGAUCUUCCUGCGCCUCGACGCCGCGGCCGACCUCGCCCGCGCCUCCGCCGCAUCGUCUCCGAGCCCCGCAGUCCUCGGGUUCAUCACUUCUAGCAUAUACCGACGAUUCUUCCCCGUCGGGCCGCCCCACCGCUCCGCCCCGGAAGCCCGCGCGCUCGAGCAAGCCGCCGACUUCACCUUCUCCUUCGUCCCCGACCCCAUCUCGUGGCGCUUUCUCCACGCCCGCGAUGGCCGGGUCCUCCUCCCCCGUCACAUCUCCAUCAACAUCCGAUUCGAGGAUUUCGUAGUCUGCGACCCCCUGCAUCGCCGGUACGUCAUGAUUCCCCGCAUACCCGACGACCUAAUGGCGGCCUCCACCCCAGACGCGCGGCAUGUGUUACCCGUUCUGGCUCCAGCUGGCGAGAAUGACGGGGAGGAAUCGUUCAGAGUUAUCUGCACUGUGCUUUUCAAAGACAAGGUCAUGGCUUUCGUCUUCUCUUCCUGCAACCAGACGUGGCGAGGUAUUAUUACCACGAUCUGUUUGCCUGAUGGAGAUAUUGAAUACAUGACCGACCAUGCGUACGGCUGCCUCUACUGGAUGGUUGGUUUGAUGGGCUAUUCGCUAAUGCUCGAUACAAGUGAGAUGAGAUUCUCCAUCAUUGACCUCCCGCCCCACAAUUUUGAUUCAGAAAAUAUGCGUGCCAUUGUCGAGGCAGCGGAUGGCAGACUCGGGUUCUUAACUAUUGGCGAUGGCACAAUUGACCUGUAUUGCAAGAAUUGGCAAAGCAACUGUGUUGGCGCACAAGAGUGGCUGCAUGACAAGCUAAUUCCAUUGCCCAAGGACUUUGGGAUCACCUAUCAUUGGGAGACUGAGGGCACAGCAGGACAUUACUUAGCUCUAGUAGCUGAGUCGUCGCGAAAAAUUGAACAUUUUGUACUGGACAUCAAGACAUUGCUUGUUGAGAAUCUCUGCACCUCGAAAAAUGGCGCGUUCUUUGGUUUUCCUUAUGCAAGAUUUCCACCACCGUUGGCACUGCCAAGCAUAUGA